AUGGUCAGGACUAAAGGCUUAGGUUGUGCCUUAGGUAAGGUUAUUAGUAGAGCUCUGGGGAGAAAGGAUCGUCAUGAUUCAAAUGAUGCUCCCCAGCGGCGAAGGCCUACAGCAUCGGCCUGUAGGCAACGAGAAUCUACCGCUGUUGCCAAGGAUGACCAUGUGGUACCUGCAUAUGAGCCUGUGGUAGGUACAUAUGAGCCUGUGGUAGGUACAUAUGAGCCUGAUGGAUUUCCAGGUGGGCUGCGUGACCCAUCAGUGCUUACGGAGUAUGCUGACCAUGUUGCAGUUAACGUAUGGAGCAGGGAGGAACAUCCUGAAUUGAAGUUAUCCUCCCAUGGGAGGAAGGUGCAAAAAUUAGGUAGGUCUGCUCCUAAAAUUGAGGGGCUAGUUGCUGGCACAGGACUAAGUUCUUUGAUCGUGUUUUCAGUAGACACUGGCGAUCGGGGGCUUAUAUCCUCAUUUGUGGAGAGGUGGCACAGGGAGACUAGCAGUUUCCAUCUUCCCGUGGGGGAGGUUAGCAUCACCCUAUACAACGUGGUGUCUCUUCUUCAUCUUCCCAUUGUUGGCGUCUUCCAUACCUUCCAGCCUCUACACGUCGACGAGGCGGUGUUGAUCAGCAGCCGACAACUUGCUGGUUACAUCACUCUCUUACAGUGUUGGAUAUAUGAGCACUUUCUGUCAGUUGCAGAGUGCAUCGCUAAUCCGAACUACGAUGAGGUGUCACCACGUGCAUGUCGGUGGAUUGCAACAAAGCCGACUGUGAAGACCAUAUCUAUAGCAAUGUACAGGCAGCGUCUGGAUCGACUCAGGAUUCCUGAUGUCUGCUGGAUGCCUUAUGGGGAGCAUCGAUUGUUUGUUGAUUCAUGGGUGUCAUUUGAUGAAAUAAACGACGGGUGCAUGCACUACUUAGACCAUCUUGCGCCAGCAGGUGAGAUAUGUGUUGUGUCAGGUCAGUGUGCACUUGAGUACAUGAACUGGUUCUUCGUCAUUUCUCAUCCAUUCAUGAUCGCGACACAACCAUUAGAUCCGCCACGAGAUGCACCUGCGACACAUGAUGCAUCAUUUGUGGAGCCACAUAUCCCUCAGGUCCCGAAGCCAGUAGCAGCAUCGACACAUGCCCGUUCUGAUGAGGCUUGCCAUGCGAUUACUGAAAGGUUGAAGUGUCUGCUCAACCUUAGGAUAGUCACGGAAGGCAUAGCGACACACGAGGUCAUGGAAGAAUGCAUUAGGAUUGCCAGGGGUGUCAGAGAAGACCGCAUUGUGGAUGUGAGGUCUCGACGUAGGCGUCGCACGGAUCAGCCAUAG